AUGGAGAGAGGUCAGAGGAGUAGUAGAGAUAGUGCAAGCCCACAUCGCCGUAGUCCAUCCCCAAGGCCAAGUAAACAGUUAUCCGCCACUCGCUCAAGCCCGCCUCCUGCCACGUGCCGAUUUUCUCCUUUGAGGGGUCAUUCGCCCCCACCCUGGUCUAGUAAUCCGACACCACGGAGGAUAAUAUCCGGUACAACCACCACAAGACGAGCUGAGGAAAUUCAGACGUGUGCACUAAAAAACGUUGAAAAUUGGUUCUUGAAUCUAGAGCAACGAGCGGCUCCAGCAAUCAGCACGGUUGUCCUACGCACGGUGGCUGGUCGGUGGCAUAUAUACACAGAUCUGACAGUCACCAGUGCGUUCAACCCUUAUCUGCUUGCAGAAGCAUGUCCUCGGAUGCGUGGAGAAGCACGCCUGGAGCAGAGAGGCAAUUUUAGUGUUAGCGUCUCCACGGACUGCUCAAGGCCAUCUGAGGACUACGAUUUGGAAAGCUCUCCACCAUUUACAAAGUCUGGUAUCAUUAGCAUAGUGCCAUUCUGCAAGUUGCUAGCUGUUGAGGGCUGUUCUGCUCUUGGAAAAUUGUUGGAGCCUCAAGAUUGUGUUGCCCAUAUCCUCCCUGUGGCUGGUGAUGUUUGGGUUGGAGCUACCGUUAGCCUGAAGCUGGAAAUUCCCGAUGGUGUUGUGAUUGCCAACAAGGUAACAUGCUAUGGAGACAAAAUAUUGGAGAACAAGCUUUUCAUGGAGGGAUACGGGUGUCCUAAAUCUGGAGAUGAAGUUGAAGUUCAUUAUGUGGGCACUUUGAUGGAUGGGACUAAAUUUCAUUCUAGCCUCAUACCUCUCAAAUUUAAUUUUUGUCAAGAGAUGGGCCCGGAGCUUGUUGAGGCGAUCAGGGGCUUUGAGUAUGGCAUAGUUAAGGCGCCAUUAGGUCCUGAUAUUUUGGGCCCGGAGCUUGUUGCAGUUGUUGCCAAUGCUAGAUGA